UCAAUCCAAUCCCCAUUUCCGAGCUUCGUCAAAUUUUCCGUCCACUCUCUCCCGCUCUCUCUCUCUCACUGUAUCUCGCAACAGGCUCCAGCUUCAGCAAUGGCGGAAGUCGCAGUUCCUUCCUCUCCGAUCCCGGCGAAGAAGAAGAACAGCAGGAAAGUCCUGAAACAGAAGAAGGAGUCGACGAGCGAGGCGAACGUCCUGGCUCAGGCUCUCACCGAGUCCUCUCCUGCUGCUGUUCUUCCUCCGCCGUCUGAGACCGAUCCGAUGAAGGAGAACAGCGAGAUUCUGUCAUCGGCGAAGAAGGUCAAGGGGAAGGCGGCCAGAGGCGGGAAGCAGCAAGCCGCCGCUGCAGCCAAGCAGCAGCAGUCGUCGUCCUUCGACAAAGAGAUGGAGCAGAUGCAGGAAAUGCUUCAGAAACUGACACUGGAGAAGGAGAAGACGGAGGAGAUGUUGAAGGAGAAAGACGAGAUGCUGAGAGCGAGAGAAGAGGAGCUCGAGAACAAGGGGAAAGAGCAGGAGAAGUUGCAGGCGGAGCUCAAGAAAUUGCAGAAGCUGAAGGAGUUCAAGCCGAAUCUCAACUUCCUGAUAUUGAAAGACAAUGAACAAGAUGACAAAGACAAGAAGAAGAAAAAGAAGGGCGGGGCUGAAAAGAAAAGGCCGUCUCCGCCUUAUAUCCUCUGGUACAAAGAUCAAUGGGCUGAGAUGAAGAAGGAGAAUCCAAAUGCUGAUUUCAAAGAAGUCUCCGUCAUUCUGGGAGCUAAGUGGAAGACAGUGAGUGCAGAGGAAAAGAAGCCGUACGAGGAGAAGUAUCAGGCUGAGAAGGAAGUCUACUUGCAGGUGAUGGCAAAGGAGAAGCGCGAGACUGAAGCCAUGAAGCUCCUGGAAGAGGAUCAGAAGCAGAAGACAGCCAUGGAGUUGCUUGAGCAGUACCUUCAAUUCAAGCAUGAAGCUGAUGAUCAAGGGAACAAGAAAACCAAGAAAGAGAAAGACCCAUUGAAGCCAAAGCAACCAAUGUCAGCUUUCUUCAUCUACACUAAUGAGAGAAGGGCUGCACUGGUUGCUGAGAACAAGAAUGUUACUGAGGUUGCAAAGAUCACUGGUGAAGAGUGGAAAAACAUGUCUGAGAAAAAGAAAGUUCCUUAUGAGGAGAUGGCAAAGAAGAACAAGGAGAAUUACUUGAUUGAGAUGGAGGCUUACAAGCUGAAAAAGGAGGAUGAAGCCUCGCAUGUCAAGAAGGAAGAGGAAGAACUGUUGAAACUUCAGAAGCAGGAAGCCAUGCAGCUGUUGAAGAAGAAGGAGAAGACAGACAACGUAAUCAAGAAAACUAAAGAGAUUAAACAGAAGAAGAAGAAGAAGGACCAGGCUGCAGAUCCUAACAAGCCAAAGAAGCCUGCAUCCUCUUUCUUAUUGUUCAGCAAGGAAACAAGGAAAAGCUUGAUGGCCGAGCGCCCGGGAACCAACAACUCCACCAUCACUGCACUGAUCUCCGUGAAGUGGAAGGAACUGAGCGAGGUGGAGAGGCAAGUCUGGAAUGCGAAAGCCGCAGAAGCCAUGGAUGCUUACAAGAAGGAAAUGGAAGAGUACAACAAGUCCUGUGCUGCCGCUGCCGCUGCCGCCGGGACCUCAGCCUAGAACCAAUCAAUCAGCAGAAGUGGUAGUUGACCAUAACAGAGGGUGAAUGUUCAAAGUGUCGGGUUGAACGUCAACUGGGUAGUGGGAUUAGGACUGCAAAAGGCUGUAACUGGUUUAAUUUUAGGGCUCCGACUUUUUUCAUUCUGUGGUUAUUGUUCUGAUGAUGCAAAUUAGUGAAUCAAAUGACCUGGUAUUC